GUCGACAAGGGUGGUGAGCUUACACAUGACGAGACAACAAUUAUAAGUGGGGCACUAGAUUUAACUGAGAAGACAGCUGAGGAGGCUAUGACACCCAUUGAAUCAACGUUUUCCUUAGAUGUCAAUUCAAAGUUGGACUGGGAGGCUAUGGGAAAAGUUCUUGCUCGGGGGCAUAGUCGAGUUCCUGUCUAUUCUGGGAAUCCGAAGAACGUUAUUGGACUGCUUCUGGUGAAAAGUCUUCUUACUGUACGACCUGAAACAGAGACUCCAGUCAGUGCCGUUUCCAUCCGGAGAAUACCACGAGUUCCUGCCGAUAUGCCACUGUACGAUAUAUUAAACGAGUUUCAGAAGGGCAACAGUCAUAUGGCAGCUGUGGUGAAGACUAAAGGGAAAAGCAAGCUUCCUGCAAUUGAUGGGGGGAAGACUUUUCUGUGGCUGCCUAGUAAUAAUUUUACAGAACAUCCAGGUCUUAAUGAGAAAUUAAAAUGCAUAAAGCAACAUUCAAUGUUGGAAGUUUCUUUGAUUAAUAUUCAGGUUAGGAAAUCAAUCAAAGAGACUGCCUUAAUUCUCUCUAAUGAUGAUGUUGAUGGUGGCAGGGCUUGGCAAGGCGAGGUGUAG